UAGUAAAAAUCUAUAAUCAUAUGGUACGUGCAAUGACAAAACCGUCGUGGGCAGUGACCGUGAUCAUGGCGGUGGCUGUGGCACAACUCGCCUGUGUGGAGGGCAUUGGCAUUAACUGGGGGAAUCAGGCAUCCCAAAACCUGCAUCCUAGAAACAUUGUCCAAAUGUUAAAAGACAACAACAUUACUAAGAUUAAAUUGUUUGAUUCUGAUGCAUGGGUUGUCAAACAUUUUGCCGGGACAGGAAUUGAAGUCAUGCUUGGUAUUCCCAACCUACAUUUAGCUUCUUUGGCCGAUCGAUACAGUCAUGCUAAGGCAUGGGUCAAGACCAACCUCACUAGGCAUAUCCACCAAGGUGGCGUCGAUAUCAAGUACGUGGCAGUUGGCAACGAGCCAUUCUUGACAGCCUACAAUGGGUCGAACCUGCAAACGACUUUUCCGGCGCUUUGGAACAUCCAAAAGGCGAUAAACGAAGUCGGCCUAGGCAACAAAAUCAAGGCGACAAUCCCACAAAACGCCGACGUUUACGACUCCGGCACCAAAGGCCCGUCGGGCGGCGACUUCCGCGCCGACAUCCGAGCGACGAUGAAGCAGAUCGUGCAAUUUCUACGAGACAACAACGCGCCUUUCGUCGUCAACAUCUACCCUUUCCUCAGCCUAUCCCUCAACCCCGACUUCCCCAUCGAAUUCGCCUUCUUCAGCGGCGGCGCGCAACCGGUCCAGGACGGAUCCAUCACAUACACCAACGUGUUGGAUGCGAACCUCGACACGCUCGUGUCGGCACUGAAGAAAGCCGGCUGUGGAAAUGUUCCGAUCAUCGUCGGCGAGAUCGGGUGGCCUACCGACGGCGACAAAUACGCCUCCGUCGAUCUCGCGAAGAAAUUCUACGAUGGUUUUUUCAACAAAAUAGCAACGACGAAAGGAACACCUCUUUACAAAAACUCAAUUGAAUACUACCUUUUCGGGUUGACAGAUGAGAACUUGAAGAGCAUCGCGCCAGGUGAUUUCGAGCGCCAUUGGGGCAUUUUCACCUACGACGGACAGCCUAAGUUUGCGGUGGAUUUCUUAGGACAGAACACCAACAAGAUGCCUGUGGCGGCGAAGAACGUCAAGUACUUGGAAAAGAAAUGGUGCGUCUACGUCAGCAAGGGCGAGACCGUUAAUGAGCUCUCGGCAAACAUGGACUAUGCUUGCACGAACGGCGACUGCACGGCGCUGAAAUACUCGAGCCCUUGUAGUAAAUUGAGUAACUCGUCGAAGGUAUCGUACGCGUUUAACAUGUUUUUUCAAAUGAUGUAUCAAGAUGUGGAGUCGUGUGAUUUCGGGGGACUUGCGAAGAUCGUGACGAAGAAUGCUACGGUGGGAAAUUGUCUAUUCCCGAUCGCGUUGGAUAUCGAUUGGGCGUGGAGCGUCGCGGCGGAUGUGAGGUUCACCGUUCUGGUGGUGUUGUUGGUGUUGUUGUUGUUGCUGGAGUUAUAAAAAUAAAGCUUCUUUAUAUCUUGCAUACCAUAGUGUUGAGGAUUUUGAGAAAAUAAAGUUAGACGA